AUGCUUGGUGUUUUCCGCCAAUUUGGCGUCUCCCAGGCGCUCCGCACAUCUGUGCCUCGCACCCUUUCUGCACGAUGGGCUCCCCAACUGUCCAAGCUGCAGCCUCUGGCUAUCCGGACUCCUGGUCUGAGCCGGUCGUUCCAGACCUCAUUCCCUGCCCUCAAGGCUGCCGCAGGACCGGUGCCCACCGAGAUUGAGGAGGAAGAGCUCAUCACCAAGUUUGCCGAUCUUAAGGAAAACAAUAUUAUUGACCCAAUGAUCGUCCGAAACCUCACACACCCUGCUCGCAUGGGUUUGGAGACCAUGACUCCUGUCCAAAGCGAGACAAUCCACCAAAUGCUGAAAGGCGAUGAUAUCCUGGCGCAGGCCAAGACCGGUACCGGAAAGACCCUUGCCUUCCUUCUCCCAACCAUGCAGAACAUCCUCAACGACCCUUCUCUCAAACUGAACGGCCAAAGCCAGGCACACAGACGUGGUCCAAGAGCCAACUCGGAUGAUAUCAGGGCCCUUGUCAUCUCACCCACUCGUGAGCUUGCCGAGCAGAUCGCUGCGGAAGCCCGGAAGAUGAUCCCCGGCACUGGGCUGUUGGUCCAGACCGCUGUAGGCGGCACACAGAAGAGAGCCGGUCUUCAAAAGAUCCAGCGCGAGGGUUGCCACCUGCUCGUCGGUACCCCCGGUCGUAUCAAGGACAUCCUUUCCGAUCCUCGCAGCGGCGUAUCGACUCCCAUGCUGAACACCCUCAUCCUGGAUGAAGCCGAUCGUCUCCUUGACCAAGGCUUUUCUGAUGAAAUUAAUGAGAUCCAGGCUCUGCUUCCGGAUCCUCUCCAGGUCCAGCGCCAGACCCUGAUGUUCUCCGCCACUGUUCCUAAGGAAGUUCUGAAGAUGGUUAACCGUACCAUGAGACCGGAUUACAAGUAUGUCAAGACAGUUCGUGAUGACGAAACCCCUGUCCACUUGAAGGUGCCACAGAAGUUUGUUCUCCAGCCGGGCUAUGAGAACGCUCUUCCUGGUGUCCUCGAGCUUGCCCAAGAAUACCAGGCCCGUCAGCAGCAAGACCCGGAGUUGCGGCCGUUCAAGGCGAUUGUCUACUUCAACUCCACCAGUGAGGUCCAACUCUCUGCUCGGGCUUUCCAGAACCUGCCUCGCGGCAGCCGUGAGGAUACCUCUGCCGCCCCUCUGGGUCGCAUGCGUUUCCUGGAGAUCCACUCGCGACUAAGCCAGAACCAGCGAACCUACGCCGCCGAGGCUUUCCGACGUGCCAGUGAGGCUAUCCUCUUCUCUUCCGACGUGACUGCACGUGGUAUGGACUUCCCAGAUGUCACCCAUGUCAUUCAGAUCGGUGUUCCCAACGAUCGGGAGACUUACAUUCACCGAACUGGCCGUACCGCUCGUGCUGGUAAGACCGGUGAGGGCUGGGUCUUCAUUCACCCCAGUCAGAUUAAGAGCUUGAGUGACAAGUGUCAUGGUAUGCCUGUCAACCAGGAUAAGCAGACUCUGCAAACUUCCCUUGUGGACAUGACCAAGGACCUUGAGUCUGCCCCUCCGGCCGCGCGCAACGCCAUUGAGCUCAUCAACACAGCCAUGACCAAGGUGGACGCAGACCUCAAGUUCGUCACUUUCCGCGCUCAGUUGGGCUCCACUCUCCAGACUUUUGACAACAAACGGAACGCUAUUAUUAUUCUCAACCGACUCGCCGUCCACGGCUACCGCCUGGCCGAGCCCCCGGCUCUUAGCUCCGCCCUUGUGAAGAACCUUGGACUCCGGAGAAUCCCCGAGGUCAAUGUCGAUGACUCUCGUUCUUUCGGCGCCUCGCGUGGAGAUUCGUAUGAGAGCAAAUCUGGUGGCUUCGGUGAUCGUGGCUCCCGCUCCUUCGGCGGUGACCGUGGCUCUCGCUCAUCUGGCGGUGAUCGUGGCUCGCGCUCAUUUGGACGUGAUCGUGAGCGCUCUUACGGCGGUGACCGUGGUUCUCGGUCAUUUGGACGUGAUCGUGACUCGCGCUCUUUCGGGCGUGAUCGUGAAUCUCGCUCUUUCGGACGCGACCGUGAAUCUCGCGGUGACCGUGAAGAGCGUGGCUUCCCCUCCCGUUUCUUUGAAUAG